GCAGCGGCUACAAUGCCAGAGUCAAGGGAAGCAUCGAACUACGAUGAGGCAUCUAUGGAUCAAAGCAUGCUCUUCUCUGAUGGUCUUAAGGACUUGAGGAAUCUGCGAACGCAGUUGUAUUCAGCAGCUGAGUACUUCGAACUAUCUUACACAACCGACGAUAAAAGACACAUAGUUGUAGAGACACUCAAAGAUUACGCAGUGAAGGCUCUGGUGAAUACAGUUGACCAUCUAGGCUCCAUCACGUACAAAGUCAACGACUUCAUCGACGAAAAGGUGGAUGAAGUUGCAGAGACCGAACUAAGAGUAUCUUGCAUCGAACAGAGGCUGAGGAUGUGCCAAGAGUAUAUGGAUCAUGAAGGACGUUCACAGCAAUCACUUGUGAUCGAAACUCCAAAGUUCCAUAAACGAUACAUCUUGCCAGCUGGUGAAACUAUAAAGACUACCAAUCUUGACAAGCUUAAGUACUUUGGAAGCAGCUUAGAGGAUGCAGAUGACUGGAACCAGUUUCGAAAUGCUGUGCGUGCUACAAUCCGGGAAACGCCUCCUCCUCCUCCUCCACCCGUUAGAAAAUCAACAUCUCAGGCUUCAUCUCCACGGCAACCACCUCAGAGAUCAGCAACCUUUUCGUUUACGUCCACUAUUCCAAAGAAAGAACAAGAUAAGAGAUCAGUGUCACCGCAUCGGUUUCCGCUACUAAGGUCAGGAUCAGUGGCUACCAGGAAGUCAGCAUCAAUCAGCAGGCCAACUACACCAAGCAAGAGCAGAUCUAUAACUCCUAUACGGUACCCUUCAGAACCAAGAAGAUCAGCUUCGGUUCGGGUUGGAUUCGAGAAAGAAAACCAGAAAGAAACAGAGCAGCAGCAGCAACCAAGUAAGAGCAAACGACUGCUUAAGGCUUUGCUUAGUCGACGCAAAACCAAGAAAGACGACACUCUCUACACUUUCUUGGACGAAUACUGAAGGAGUUUUAUUUGUGGAACCGGUUAACUUAACCGGAAAAUUGUCAAUUUCCCUUUUUCUAUUUAAUUAAUAAAUAUAUAUUAUAGAGAAAAAAAAUCUAUUAUUAUAUUACAUUGUUGCGAAAAUAGAUUUAUGUAAGCCGCGCUAGUAAAAUGUGAAUGCAGUUUCUAAGA